AUGACGCGUUCACCACCACACUAUGCAAGUCCUUUAUUUCGUAGUGGUGAACGGCGUGUUCGGUCCCUACCGCAGACCCCAGCGGUUCGGAGUUUUGCAUAUAUCUCAGCAUCAUUGUGGUUAUCAUUGCAGAUUCUGUGUAUUUGCUUCUACAAUAUCCUUUGCAUCUGCUCCGUAUACGGCAACUCGUUGGUGAUACUCGUCAUUCUCUACUUCCGACGACUUCGCACCGCCACCAACAUUCUCAUCCUCAACCUGGCUAUUGCCGACCUGCUGAUUGCCGUGUUCUGCAUUCCGUUUUCGUACUGGCAAGUGCUGAUCUUCGACGAUCAACGCUGGGUGUUUGGAUCGGCGAUGUGCAGUUUGCUUUCCUUCUUCCAGGGAAUCGCAGUGUUCCUCAGCUCGUGGACCCUGGUCGUCAUAAGUUUUGAUCGUUGGAUGGCGGUAACAUUCGUCUUGUCGCUCACCAUGCGUUUGACACGCAAAAGAGCCAUCUAUCUGGUAGCAACAACAUGGACAUUCAGCAUAAGCAUGGCGUUGCCACUGUUCCUGGUGUCGAAGGUGCACGACGAUAAAGGAAUAAUACGAUGCGAUGAAGACUGGUCUUCUAUAGAAUCCCGCCGCCUCUACUCCUAUCUGGUUCUCGUGCUACAGUACAUCGUCCCACUUACCGUGCUAAUCAUCACGUACGCAUUCAUCGGUAUGAGAAUGUGGAACAGCCGAGUGCCUGGCUCGACAGGCUCGACGAGGAAGGCGACAAGCAAUCGGCACGAGAGUGUUAAAAAGCUCAUCUUGAUGGUAAUUUUGAUCUCAGCUAUGUUUGCCUUCUGCUGGUUGCCACUACUGCUCCUCAUCAAUGUUGUCAUUGAGCUAUGGCCAAACGUUGCCAGUUGGAAAUAUAUUCUUUAUAUAUGGUGGUUCUCGCAUGGCCUAGCUAUGAUGCAUUCAAUGGUUAACCCAAUGGUGUAUUUCCUGCGGAAUGCGCGAUUCCGCGAAGGGUUUUGCUACUUUUCACGAUUCCUUCCCUGCGUUCAUUUUUCUGAGUUUAAACUGCUCAGUGAACAUGCGAGAAGGUUUGUUGUUUGCUAA